AUGUCCACUACGCCGAGAUCAUCAUCGCCGGCCAAAGCACCGCAGACGCCCGAGGGUAACCACGCUGAUCAAUCAAUGGAGGUGGAGCUCCCGACUCACUUGGAGGAGCCGACCCGGGUUCUGGAAGAUGCGACAGUCAGGCUGCAUAUACAGCCACAAUCGCCUUCACGGACGCAGGUUCUGAGAGUCGAACCGAGCCAGUAUACUGGUCAUCCCAAAGCGCCAGAACGUCAACGGCAGACACGGACGCCUGAACCCCAAAAGCGGCGAAGCGACAAGUCUGAGCAGAGCCCCGGCCACUUGGACCCAUUCAGCUGGGACGACUUCGAAACCCGGUACGAGGAAGCACUGAGGCAGGCUGAUACAGAGGAGGAGAAAAUCCUCGAGGAAUUCGACCAGCUUGUCAAGUACUUCAACGUAUGGGCUUCGGCUUCUUCUAGCCAUGACAACGAGAGAGCAAUCAAAAGGUCAGAACCCCGCCUGACUGGCCUGACCAGGGCUGAUGUACAUGAGCAGAUUGCAAACUCGCGAGAGACAUGUCCGCCUGUCCGAAUCAUCACUUUCGCAGAAGAAAAAGCAUCCAAGGCAGAAAUCGACUCGUUCCAUGAGGCACAUUUCUCCAGUGCAGCCAUAGAUCUCUUCGGCGGGCAAUUCCUUCGACCAGAACAAUCCUACGACGACGAGCAAUGUUACGAAGAGUAUGACAGAUUCGACUACUAUGAAGAGGAGGACGAGGACGACGGCCUGGGCUACUAUCCAGAUGAUGUCAAACGGACACUGACAGACGAGCAAGUCGCCAUAUUCCGACACUCCGAACUCGAGGGCCUGCGUCGCGUCGAAGCCAAGGUUGCUAAGCACAAGUCGGAGUCGGCUGCGUUGCUUCAAGAGGCCAAAGACGAUGCUGCCGCCGAGCUCAUUGCCGAACCCAUCAAAACGGAGCAUGGCGAAGACGAGGAUCUGCCCGACGCCCAAGUCGAAGUGGAGGAUGCAGCAGAUGGUAGCGAGGACGGCGAGAUCGAGGUCGAGAAGCCGCAGUUGACCAAAGCCGAGAUCAGACGCCGGAAGAAGAAGGCGGCGAAACAGAAGAAGAAAGAGGGCCAGAAAUUCCAACCAGAGAAGAAGCCGGAUCUGCGCAAGAGGACCUGGGAUGUCGUCGAGGCUGGUAUGGACACCUUGGACUACGACGAACUCGACGCGCAACACGAUGCUGGUGCCAACCCAGCUGCUCAGAGAAGACGGAUUUCCUACGAUGAUUGA